AACUCACCCUCAAAAUCAACACCGCUCCCCUCCACCACCGCCAACCCGAACACAAACCCGCCCACAAUGGCCCCAAUCCACGAACGCAUCCGCGACGACCUCCUGGCCAUGGAACGCCGCCUCUGGACGGCACUGACGUCGGCGGACCCCGGCCCCGAAAUCAAGAAGAUGUCCAACGAUGACGCCAACUUCCUGUUCCCGAAGCGCGACAUCCUCACGCUGCAGAGCAAGGACCCGUCCCUCUCGGAGGCGCUGAAGCCGCCCUUCCACCACUUCGAGGAGUACGAGCUCAAGGACGUGCGCGUCCUCAUCAUCGACCUGAUGGCGGGCACGGUCACCUACAAGAUCAACGCGCGGCUGCGCGGCAAGAUCCACUUCAACGGCACGGGGUCGACGACGUGGAGCCAGGGGUCUGACGGCGAGUGGCGGAUCGUGGUGCAUCAGGAGACGUCGCUAGAGUAGAUUGCCCCCGUCCCUUGCAAUCAGCGGGGAAAAAGGAGGAGAACCGUGACGCCUUCGCAGGUUCAGGCAUGAGGUUGCCGCAUGCUGAUUGGUUUUGGUUUUGAUUUCGAUUUCGCUUCAUGAUUGAUACUCUUUACUGUUUUCCCCGACCUACGAUACUUUUUUUUUCUUUGACCUGAGUUGAGGUGUUUCUUGAGGAAGCCAGCGUUGUUGGGUGGGUUACCUCUCCUUCUCUUUUUUUUUGAUCUUCUUUUCUUCGACCACUCCGCCAUUCACAAACCCCAGUCUCAUUCAUGUUCCAUACUUCCACUUCCGAUGUUAUUAUGUGUAUGUGUCAUGUGUGAUGAAAGUCUCUUUCGAUAAUUUCUUCUUUUCCUUCCACGCCUUCACGU